GGGUUGAGCUUGUUAGCUGUCCGCUUCUAUGGCAACCUGAUAGAUUAGCUUCACAAAACUACGGAGCUUUAGUGACCGCAAAUCAGUGAUGUCAGGUGGCAGCGGAUGCUGUUGAGGAUGGCGUGAUUUGGGUGCAUUGCUCGGUGUUGACGGAGCCAGCGCGUUCUCAGCGCAAGUGAUGCUUUGUCAUUGAGACGCUGGUCCAAUUGUGUCCUCAGAGUGACACGUCCGUCUUCCUUCCAGCAUCCCGACGCGGCUUAAGGAGAGCGUGGAUUCUGCGCUCAAGGUGGACAUCAUUAUUUCCAGGCUUUGCAUCAGCGUGCAGCUGGAGCGGGAUGGAUCACAGCCGAAAGACCGGGCACGCUUUAAGUGUCAGCUUCAUUUUUGAGACGACCUGUUUACGACGUGAUUUAUAAUAUCACCCUGGACCAAACAUUUGGGGAAUUUUCGUAAAACACCAAAUUGUAUAUAUUUGUAAAUAAUAUUGUCUAGUGUAAACAAUUUCUGAUUUCGUCGUUUGUUUUUCCUUGAAGCUCAGCUAAGUAUUUGCGACAUUACAAUGGAUAGGUUGCAUUCUUCCAUGCGCAAUCGGCUCUACAGUUUGCCACAGCAUAUUGGGCAUAAAGCAGCAAUGACUGGCGAUGGAGAAGACGGCGACAAGGACACUCGGAGGAAAAGUGUCAAGAUGCAACAUCUGCCUUCUCCCUCUUCCACGGGCAGCAAAAAGGGCAUCCGUGAAACCAACAGCGGGGAGACUGACACAGACGCAGGGAGACUCUUUAAGACGAAUGUGAAUGGGGACUGUCGGAGGUUUAGGGGUAGCUUGUCUUCCAUCAGUAGUCGACAUACACACGAUUCAAAUUCAGCCGAACAGAGGCGUCUCAUCGCCGACACAGACCUCAGCCCUGCUGAUGACAACCCCACCGAUGAGCCAGGCUCCGGGGCAGACCAGGGGGCGCAAGGCGAUGGGGCAGGUGCCUCCGGUGGAGCCGGAGCCCAGGAAGCGUCUCCCGGCGAACAGCCCAGUUUCAUAAAGUUAGAGGGAAUCGAUCAAAUUAUGUCGGACGAUGACAGAAUGUAUCAGACUGGAUUUAUGCGCAGACAGUUCCGGGCUAUGCUGCAACCUGGGGUCAACAAGUUCUCCCUCCGAAUGUUCGGAAGUGAGAGGGCAGUGGAGCGCGAGCAGGAGAGGGUCAAAUCAGCGGGCUUUUGGAUCAUUCACCCUUACAGUGACUUCAGGUUCUACUGGGAUUUGAUCAUGCUGCUGCUGAUGGUGGGGAACCUGAUCAUCAUCCCGGUGGGGAUCACCUUCUUCAAGGAUGAGCAAACGCCCGCUUGGAUCGUCUUCAACGUGGUCUCCGACACCUUUUUCCUGGUGGACCUGGUUCUGAACUUCCGCACGGGUAUCGUGAAGGAGGACAGCACCGCCAUCAUCCUGGACCCGCAGGAGAUCAAGCGACGCUACCUGCGCAGCUGGUUUGCCGUCGACUUCAUCUCCUCGAUCCCCGUGGACUACAUCUUCCUCAUCGUGGAGACGCGCAUCGACACGGACUUCUACAAGACGGCGCGCGCCCUCAGGAUCGUCCGCUUCAUGAAGAUCCUCAGCUUACUGCGCCUGCUACGCUUGUCCAGACUCAUACGCUACAUCCACCAGUGGGAGGAGAUCUUCCACAUGACGUACGACCUGGCGAGCGCCAUGGUGCGGAUCGUGAACCUGAUUGGCAUGAUGCUGCUGUUGUGCCACUGGGACGGCUGCCUCCAGUUCCUGGUGCCCAUGCUGCAGGACUUCCCAGCCGAUUGCUGGGUCUCCAAAAACAAGAUGGUGAACGACACGUGGGGGGAGCAGUACUCGUACGCCCUCUUUAAGGCCAUGAGCCACAUGCUGUGCAUCGGAUACGGCAUGUACCCGCCGGUGGGCAUGACGGACGUGUGGCUGACCAUCCUCAGCAUGAUCGUGGGCGCCACCUGCUACGCCAUGUUUGUGGGCCACGCCACCACGCUCAUCCAGUCCCUCGACUCCUCACGCAGGCAGUACCAGGAGAAGUACAAACAGGUGGAGCAGUACAUGUCCUUCCACAAGCUUCCAGCGGACAUGCGUCAGCGGAUCCACGACUACUACGAGCACCGCUACCAGGGCAAGAUGUUUGAUGAGGAGAGCAUUCUGGGAGAGCUGAAUGAACCGCUCAGAGAGGAGAUAAUUAGUUUUAACUGUCGAAAGCUGGUAGCCACCAUGCCCUUGUUUGCCAACGCGGACCCCAACUUCGUGACCUCCAUGCUCACCAAGCUGCGGUUCGAGGUGUUCCAGCCGGGCGACUACAUCAUCAAGGAGGGCACCGUGGGCAAGAAGAUGUACUUCAUCCAACACGGCGUGCUCAGCGUGCUGACCAAGGGCAGCAAGGAGACCAAGAUCUCAGAUGGCUCCUACUUUGGAGAGAUCUGCCUGCUGACUCGAGGCAGGAGGACGGCGAGUGUCCGGGCUGAGACCUACUGCCGCCUCUACUCGCUCUCAGUCGACCACUUCAACGAGGUGCUGGAGGAGUACCCCAUGAUGAGGAGGGCCUUCGAGACCGUGGCCCUGGAUCGCCUGGACCGGAUAGGAAAGAAGAGCUCUGUCCUGCAGCACAAAGUCCAGUGUGAUCUGAACUCAGGAGUGCUGAACUAUCAGGAGAACGAGAUCAUCCAGCAGAUCGUGCAGCACGACCGGGACAUGGCUCACUGCGCCCACCUCGUCCCCACCAACACCAGCAGCCUCCGCGGCCGUGACCCCGCACACACUCCCGUCAUCUGGGCCCCCCUCAUCCAGGCUCCGCUGCAGGCUGCCGCGGCGACCACGUCGGUGGGCAUCGCCCUCACCCGCCACCCCCACCUCCCCCACACCCUCUUCCGCCCCCCCGCGGCCCGCCUGGGCUCACUCAAGGGGCGCCCCGGCCAGGCCAGGAGGUUCCCGUCCGGGGCGUCGUCGCUGGCUGCAGCCGCCCCGGGCCCGUCUCAGUUCUCCUCGGGGGUGGAGACGCCCAUCCUGGAUUCGCUCAGGGCCAAGCGUGCCUCCUCAGCAUCCCUCUUCUCCGGCUUCCAGUCCCCCCCCCGCUCCUUCCUGUCGUCCGCCACCACCUCCACCACCACCUGCACCACCACUACCGUCACCUUACCAUCGCGGUCCAAGGGGGCCGCCGCCGCAUCGUUUCCCCAAAGGCAGCCGUCCCCCGUCUGCGUGUCCACCAGCUCCAGCUCUGCCCAGCUGCACUCCCCCCCGCCGCACAUGGCCCCCACCCUGCCCCUCUCUCAGGAGUCCUUCUCCACCGUGCCGCUACCAGGCUUCUUCCAGCAGGGGGCGCCAGCAGCAGCAGCAGCAGCCGCAGGGAGGGGCCCGUUUGCUGCUGCGGGCUCCAGCCUCGCCCCGUUAAUCGCCAGCUCCAUCAACCCCAUCCUGAGCCAGCUGCAGGCCUCCCAGGCCAAGCCGGCUCUGGCCAGGCCCAGCCAGGAGCUCAUCCGGCUGGGCAGGACCUCCAGCAACCAGCCCUUUGCCCUCUAUUCCACCUCUAGGUCCCCCACCGCAUCCCGGAACCUUCUGGAGCAGCCGGUGUCCCUGUCGCCCCCGUCCAGCACGCCUGCACGGCAGGCAGGGCAUCAGGUGGUGGUUACGCCGGUCCUAAUGCCUGAGUCCUCGGCGCUCGCCUCUUUGGCUCAGUACGGCUCCCGGACCGCUUCACCUUCGGACACGUCGCCCGUGCCCAGCCCCCUGCUGCAGAGCCCCCUACUGGAGAAGCGCUGGCAGCACAGCCCUGGCCCCAGCCCUGGUCCCGGUCAGGCCUCCUGUGCCUCCGGCGCCCCGGCCUCCCCGGGCUUGCUUACCGCCACACACACCCUCUUUCCCCUGCAGACGCCGAGCCUGCAGAGGGAGGUGGCCGAGUGUGUGGUGGACCUUUCCCUGCAGGACGUGAGCACCAUCACCGCCUCGCACACCCCGCCGCCACGGCUCAAGGAGGGGUCAAAGGUGACGGUGUUGGUGUCACCAGAGACGUGCUCUCCGCACACGGAGCUAAAGACGUGUUUCUCCGCGCGCACCUCCCCCUCGCUCGGCAGCAGACCCUUCUGCACCAUACCGGGUCCCGUCACCCUGUCCAGACAGACUUCUCCUGCGCCACUUAGCCCCAGACUCUUGCAGGGGGGGUCACCCACAGCCCCCCCUCGAGACGGCUCGGCCCCUGGGAUGCCGGGGGGGGUCCCAUCUCACCCCAAACUGCCCUCAAAUUUGUGAGGUGACACACUGGAACUGGCUUUGACUAUUUUUCCCCAUCAUUCAGCACCAUGACAACAGUUACCAUGUAACCACACAGAAAUACUCUGCUCUCAUCCACACAGGCAGUCACAGACGAUCACAGUCAUUCAACACCAAACACACACUGGCAUUUGGCCUUCAUGACAUCAUCUCCAUUCACUCCAUCUUUUCUAAACCAAAACUAUCGAAAGCUUUUUUUUUGUUUCAGCCAAAUAAAUUUAAUAUCAACAAGGAAAACUCUCAAAUAAUAAGAAAAGAAAUCUAAUAAUAGCAGCCACAUGCCUCUGGCUGUGUCUCUGAGGCUACAUCCUGAACUUCGACCUUCGACCUUCGUCUUCCCAGCUUUUCUUACAGCCACUUUACCAAUACUGCUGGCUGAGGAUGGUGUGACUGUGAGUGAGUGUGUGUAUGUGUGUGUGUGUGAGUAUAUGUGUGUGUGUGUGUGUGUGUGUGUGUGUGU